AUGUUCCGUGUGCAAAUUAUAUCAAGCAAUCAUCUUCGGAUGAAAUGUUAUUGUGGUGGUAUUGGUGGUUGUGGUGGUGGUGGUGGUGGUGGUGGUGGUGGUGGUGGUGGUGGUGGUGGUGGCUGU